ACUGGUGUUGAAAAUCUGAAAAUGUCACUGUACCCUGCAAACCCCCGCUGUCCUGGUUCUGCUGCAGACCAUAUUUCCAGAUUCGUCUGGACUUCUGUCCUCAUAACGCAUCAUGCAGAGAUCCGUACUCCCUAUUUUCCCCGGUGCUGUGGUACAGUCCCAGCGUUUCUCUAUGGUGCAACUUCAUCUGGAUGCUGCUAGAACAUCCCUGGGUGGGUGAGGGAGGGGGGUGUCUACUCGAGUCUGAGCGCUGUUUUUGGAUUACAUCACUGUAUCGUCAGAGGUUGGGUAUUCAGUCUAAAGAGGCGAGAAGACCACAUCAGUCCCAGUCCUUUCUCACAGCUGUCAGUCUUAGUCUCGCCAGACUCCGAGAAAUAUCCCAAUAAAGAAGACCCCACCGCGCUAUUGUGUGUUUGGAAUACGCACCGGGGCUACCUACUGCUGGACAACACACAGGCAUCAUGACGCAGGGCAAGCUGGCACUUGCAAACAAGACCACCAACGGCUCUUCCAGUGGAGAGGCCUUGGUGGCGCCUGCACCUCCGAGCUAUGAGGAAGCUACUGCAGGCGUCAGUGCUCCUUGCUACAACGAUGUUGAGAUGCUCACAGAAUUCAACUGGGAUGAUCGCAACAUCAGGAGGGUCUUCAUCCGAAAGGUGUACAGCAUCUUGAUGAUCCAGCUCUUGGUUACUCUCGCGAUCGUGGCUCUGUUCACAUUCUGUGACCCUGUCAAGGACUACAUUCAGACUAAUCCUGGGUGGUACUGGGCCUCUUACGCUGUUUUCUUUGUCACUUAUCUGACCUUGUCUUGCUGCUCUGCACCAAGGAGACAGUUUCCAUGGAACCUGAUUCUGCUUGCCAUCUUCACUCUCUCGCUGUCCUACAUGACAGGGAUGUUGUCCAGCUUUUAUAACACCAAGUCAGUGGUGAUGUGUCUGGGCAUUACAGCAGCAGUCUGUCUCCUGGUCACAGUCUUUAGCUUUCAAACCAAGUUUGAUGUGACCUCAUACCAAGGUGUGCUUUUUGUCUUCUGCAUGGUGAUGUUCAUCUCUGGCCUGGUGCUGGCCCUUGUCCUCCCUUUCCAAUAUGUACCCUGGCUGGAUGGUGUCUAUGCUGUGUUGGGAGCUAUACUGUUUACCAUGUUUUUGGCAUUUGAUACCCAACUCCUUAUGGGGAACAAGCGGUACACCAUGAGUCCAGAAGAAUACGUCUUCGCCACUCUCAACAUCUACCUGGAUAUCGUCUACAUCUUCUCCUUUUUCCUCCAGAUCUUUGGAACAAAGCGAGAGUAAACCUGUCGACAAGAGCUGCACCAAUUACAGAAAUGUAGUCAAACAUAAAAAGAGUCUUUUAAGCUGUUGUUGAUAGUGGUGAUGAGGCUCCCAGUUAACAGCUUUAUUUAUUUAUUUUGCCUUAUACAGAUGAGGUUGUCAAUACUUUGUACAAGUAAACACCAAUUUCUGGGGUAUGUGAGUAUUCACACAUAAAAUGUCUAUAACCUUUCCAUCGUCUCUAGCAUGUUUGUGAAGCCAUGACCCAAACUGUGGCCUAUCACCCAGAAACACUCAAUAAUCAGUGAUCAUCUUCAUUUCAUGUAGCGUUAUCAGACUGUGAGUGUUCAUAUAAAACUAUAUGGGUCUCUUAUUGUCAUGCUUGCAUAGGUAUAAUAAAUUUCCUGCAAAUAAUAGAUGUUGAUAGUCAUUAGGAGAUACAUUAUGGAUGACUCUAAAAAAAAAUCUAACUAUGCCAAAUUCAGUCAUUAUAUCAUGGCACUGUUGCUGUGGGUUUUCAUGUGGAUGACUGGAAGCACAAAUGAAACUUUAAAAAGGCUUAAAAGACUUGAAUAAUUUGCCUGUUUUCAGUCGCAUCUAUUCUUGUCUUACUACUGUGAAUUACAAGAAACCCCACUGUGUCUAACAGUUUGAGGGUAGGAAACACGUUCUCUGGAGUUUGAAUGACAAUCUAAAAAAAUGAUUUAUUCAACGUGGGAUUUUGGUGUUGAUUUCUGCCUUGACUUGUUGAUUUAUGUUAAUGUUAUACACUGUUUGGUCAGUAAGAUAUUACACUAUAUUCACCUUGUUGUGGUGUUUAUGGUAUGUCAUUGCAUUUGAAUCUGAACUCUUUUAAAUCAUGUUUUUUUCAUGAAUAGUACUUAGUUUGAGGAAGCCUUCAUUUUCAGCAUUAUAGUUUUUUUUGGGGGGGGUCUGUAUGUACACUUCUGUAGUUGGUUUGAAGUGGUGAGAAAUGGUAAAAUAUAAACAUAACAGUGCCAUAUGUGCAUGGAUUGACUUUUAUUUUUGAUAAGGCCUGUACUUAGAGAGGGAUUUGAACGCUGUAUUUCAUAAGAUUUGAAGUUUAUUUUUUUAAGACAGAAAGAUGUAUUUUAGAAAGUGUAUGAGAUAAAAUGUGUAGCGAGCUAGAUGCUUAAAAUAAAUAUAUAAGUCUUCUAAAGUGGCCUUGGAUAACCUUUAUUUGAUUCCAUUGAUGCAGUUUCACGUUUUAUCAGGGCCCUGCAUUUCACGCUAGAUGUUAAUGUUAUAUCAGGUGAAUGUGUAUGACUGUCAUCAUGGUUCUCUCUGAUUAAAUAAAUUGUGCUAAAAGUA